ACAUCCCUAGUCUAGUUAAUUUCGUUCGUCAUUAUAUUUUGUGUUUUUUAAAUUAUUUUUGAGUUUAUAACACUACAAGAUUCUUAAAUUUGCCAAGGAGUAAUCUAUUUCGCUGGUGGAAGCUCAGAGUGCAAGUACCAAUAACAACCAAUAAUUAAAAUGGCUGAUACAAAGGGUUUUUCCAGCAUUGAAACACCCGGCUAUGUGGGAUUCGCUAACUUACCCAACCAAGUGCAUCGCAAGUCUGUUAAGAAAGGCUUCGAAUUUACGCUGAUGGUGGUGGGAGAAUCUGGUCUUGGAAAGUCAACAUUGGUUAACAGUUUGUUUUUAACCGACUUGUAUCCAGAACGCAUUAUUCGCGAUGCUAUAGAGAAGCAAAAGCAAACUGUCAAGCUGGAAGCCUCCACUGUCGAGAUUGAGGAGCGUGGCGUUAAGCUGCGUCUAACUGUUGUUGAUACGCCUGGCUUUGGAGAUGCUAUAGAUAAUUCCAACAGCUUUGGGGCAAUUUUCAAAUACAUUGAUGAGCAGUAUGAGCGUUUUUUGCGCGACGAAAGCGGCCUAAAUCGUCGAAAUAUUGUCGAUAAUCGCAUACAUUGCUGCUUUUAUUUUAUAUCACCAUUUGGCCAUGGUCUCAAGCCUUUGGAUGUUGAGUUCAUGAAGAAAUUGCAUUCCAAAGUUAAUAUUGUGCCGGUCAUAGCCAAAGCCGAUUGCUUAACGAAAAAGGAGAUUUUGCGUUUGAAAUGCCGUAUCAUGCAAGAGAUCGAGAGCCACGGCAUUAAAAUCUAUCCACUGCCUGACUGUGAUUCAGAUGAGGAUGAAGACUACAAAGAACAAGUGAAGCAACUGAAAGAAGCAGUGCCUUUUGCCGUUUGUGGCGCGAAUACCCUCCUCGAGGUGAAGGGCAAGAAGGUGCGCGGUCGCCUAUAUCCAUGGGGCGUUGUUGAAGUGGAGAAUCCCGACCACUGUGAUUUCAUCAAGCUGCGUACAAUGCUCAUUACACAUAUGCAGGACCUGCAGGAGGUUACACAGGAGGUACACUAUGAGAACUAUCGAUCAGAUCGAUUGGCUAGGGGAGGCAAAGAGAAUGGCACCAAGCCGGAACGUGAAAGCAUUGUACCCACACAGGUAAACACCGUGCUGUCCGAAAAGGAUCGCAUUCUGCAGGAGAAGGACGCAGAGCUGCGACGCAUGCAGGAAAUGCUUGCCCAGAUGCAGGCACGCAUGCAGGCACAGAAGUAAAAGCUAAAUUCAUGUAGGAGCAGCACGAUGUUGUGCAAUUUAUAUAUUUAUAUACAAAAGACAUACCACAUAUAUUUUUUGUACGCAUAUUUAGUUGGUGGCCAAACGCAUGUUUUUUCUUACUUAAGUUUUAGGCGCUACCGAUCACACCCAAACACUUGCAAAAGGUGCGUCUAAUGCAACACGAAGGGCGCUACGUAUGUAAUUAAUUUUUUUUGUUUUAGUAUAUGUUUAUGCAUUUUGUCUUCGGAAAAGCAACUAUAUACCAUUUAAUGCUACUAUUCAUCUAUCGUGAUUUUUAUUAGUGUAUUGCAAAAGCAAUGCAAUUGCUCACAACUAUAUAAUAAUAUAAAAAAAAAAUAACAUGAAGUCCAACAAAUCUCGAACCACACACACACACACUUCAUAUCACUCCUAAAAGUAAACACAAAAACAACUGUAUUCCUAUUAUGUAUUUAGACAUGACUCGUCGUUAUCAACAAAGAAUUUGUGAAAAUUCUUUUUGUAUUUUUACCGUAUUUACAUAUUUUACGUUAAGUAUUCAGCUGAUAUAUAUUGUAUGUAUGUAUGUUUACCAUUUUCGUUUAUUAUUGGUCUCAAAGAGAGGCGGCUGUAGCUAUAAGUCAAUGGAGCAUCUUCAUAUAUAUAUAAUGCGAUACGGGCACGUAUAUUGCAACUAAGCUUUCGAUUUAAGACGUAUGCGGUGGAGUCUUGAAAAUUAAUCAAAUGUAAACUAAUUUAUAAGCUUUAGACUCGGCGUAUAAAUAUGUAUGAACAACUA